AUGUCAUCACCACUCAUUCUAUACGCGAUCCCGCCGCGCGAGGGGCACAUGCGCCCAGCCCUCCAGAUCAGCAGCCACCUCGUCGCGCGCGGGCUGGACGUGACGAUACUGGGGGACGCGAGAUGGACGCCGGCCAUCACCGCGAUCGGCGCGCACGCGUCGCCCAUCAUCGGGCUCUGGGGCGCGAUGGAGGACUAUAGCAAGUGGGGCGAGAUCAUCCGCGCGCAGACGGCCGAGGAGCGCCUGCGCAUCUCGCUGUCCGAUGGCUUUGUGAAGCUGCUCCCCAGCGGGCUCGAGUCGGUCCGGCACGCGUUAGCGGGCAUCAGGUCUCGCCUGGGAGGCGGGGAUGUGCUGCGGGGCCGGACGGUGGUAGUCUUGUCGGAUACGUGCUUCUCGGGGACUCUGCCAUUGAAGCUCGGGACGGACUUGCCUCAGGGGUAUGAGGGCGUCAACGUCAAGACUGUGGGAAUCGGCCUGGUCCCGCGGUUCUGGGCGGCUCCUGAGCGGCCGCCAUGGGGAAAUGGACUGUCAUAUGAUGUGUCUGCGGAGGGUAUCUCUCGCAACCUGGAGGCGCACGCAAAUAAGUGGGAUCAGACCGCUGAGGACAGGGCGAGAUGGGUGCUAGAGGCAAUGAACUGCAGCAAGUCGGUCGAUGAGCUGUACGAGGAGUACGACAAAAACUCGACGGCAAUCAAACGUCCUUUCUGGGAUGCUUCCACAGUCUGCCACGACGUGGUCCUCCAGAUGGGCUUGCCGAGUUUCGAGUUUCCCGUUCCAAAUGAGCCAGUGCAUCUGAAAUUUGCUGGCUCGCUGCCCCCAAAACCGAUCCCUUCGGAUUUGAUUUACCCCGACUGGUACUCUGAAUUAUUGGAGAACAGCUCGAGCAAAGCUGCCUCCAAAUCAGGUCGGAAGCGCAUCGUUUUUGUGGCUCAAGGCACAGAGGUAUUGGAUCACAGAGACCUACUGGUACCAUGCAUCAAGGGCCUUGCUGGUCGCGAGGACGUAUUGGUGGUUGCGGUGCUUUGUCAAAAGGGGGUGACCAUCGAUCAACACCUGAGCCUCUUCGAGGGCGGCGUUCUGCCUCACAACGCCCGGGUGAUCGACUAUUUCCCUUACGAUGCAAUCCUCCCACAUGCCGACGUCUUUGCCUCAAAUUCUGGGUAUGGAGGGUUGACCCACGCGGUAGCUCAGUCUGUCCCGGUGGUACAGGCAGGGAAUGUUUUUGACAAGCCGGAUAUUGGUCGGAGAGUCGAGUACUCCGGGCUGGGUGUGUUCCUCCCAAGCUCACCUCCGACUCCAGAAGUCGUAGCUGCAGCUGUGGACGAGGUCUUGUCCCAAGACAAGUACAAGAAACGAGCCUUGAGUUUGCAGGCCGAGUCUCUCAAAUAUGAACCCCUCAAAAUUAUAGAGAACGAGAUCAGAGCCUUAUCUUAA